AUGUACACUGCUGUCAGGUGGUUGUCACGAGGAAAAACCUUGGGAAGGGUUUUCCUUCUUCGCCGUGAAUUGGCCACAUUCUUGCAAGAUCAAGGGCACAAGAAUGCUUACGUUCGUGAUCCUCACGUUUUUUCUCGCCUUGCACAUCUGACUGACGGUUAUGAGUACGUUAACAAGCUCAACAUUGAACUUCGAGGAAAAGGGAAAUGGGUGUUUGGCCUUCAGAGUGCAAUAAAGGCUUUUAUCAGUAAGCCGCAGAUGCUACGAAAAGAAGCUGAAACUGAUAGUUACUCUCUUUUCCAUCACUACUUGGAAUUUACAGCUGCCAAGGAUAUUGAUUUUCAUGAAACACUGGAUCAAGCAAAAGAGAAACAUGAUUUACUGGAUUACUUGCAGAAUCUAACAAGGGAUAUGAAUGCUAGAUUCCCAGAGUAG